UCUCCCAUCAGUAACGGUGCACUUCACGCGCGUCACGAUCAACCCACCAUAUACCUGGCUUCUCGUAACACACUCCUCUCUCCCUUGUAUUGUAAAGUAUGCUUUGUAAGUCCAGGGUCGACGUGAAGCCAUCCUAGCCUACAGAAUUAGGAGAAGAAAGCAGAACACACGGCGAUUCGGGUUUAGUGUCCACCUCUCCACUCCGCAGUCGCUCACCGAUCCGCGCGCGCGCAAAAAAUCCCAUCUGUCAUUCGUGCGACCGAUGUCCUCCUCAUCCGAGCCGACAUGGCUCCAUGGACGGCGUUGUGCCUGCUGCUGGCCACUGCGACAAGUAGCCAAGGAGCUGACACAGAGGAGCGACUGGUUGAGCAUCUCCUAAAUCCUGCUCACUACAACAAACUGAUUCGGCCAGCAACAAAUGGCUCAGAGUUGGUGACUGUGCAGCUGAUGGUCUCACUGGCACAGCUUAUCAGCGUGCAUGAGAGAGAGCAGAUCAUGACCACGAACGUCUGGCUCACUCAGGAGUGGCAGGACUACCGUCUCAUAUGGGACCCAGAUAAGUUCGAUGGCAUGAAGAAGGUACGCCUUCCCUCCAAACACAUCUGGCUGCCAGAUGUCGUCCUCUACAACAAUGCUGAUGGGAUGUAUGAAGUGUCCUUCUACUCCAACGCUGUAGUCUCAUAUGAUGGCAGUGUGUUCUGGCUGCCACCAGCAAUCUACAAGAGUGCCUGCAAGAUCGAGGUGAAGCAUUUCCCAUUCGACCAGCAGAACUGCACUCUGAGUUUCCGCUCAUGGACGUAUGACCGCACAGAGGUGGACCUGGUGUUGCGUGCCGAUGUGGCCAGCAUGGAUGACUUCACACCAAGUGGUGAGUGGGACAUCAUUGCACUGCCUGGGCGUCGCAAUGAGAACCCAUCAGACCCAGCCUACGUGGCCAUCACAUAUGAUUUCAUCAUCCGCCGCAAGCCACUCUUCUACACCAUCAACCUGAUAAUCCCAUGUGUGCUGAUCACAUCACUGGCUAUUCUGGUGUUCUACCUGCCAUCGGACUGUGGUGAGAAGAUGACGCUAUGCAUAUCCGUGCUGCUAGCACUCACUGUCUUCUUGCUGCUCAUCUCCAAGAUUGUGCCACCUACAUCUCUGGAUGUGCCACUUGUGGGCAAGUACCUGAUGUUCACCAUGGUGCUUGUCACAUUCUCCAUUGUCACUAGUGUGUGUGUGCUCAACGUGCACCACCGUUCACCCACUACCCACACCAUGCCCCCGUGGGUCAGGGUGGUCUUCCUUGAUAAGCUUCCUGCCCUACUCUUUAUGCGACAGCCCAGAAACAGCAGCGAGCGCCAAAAGCUACGGCAACGGCGCCGUGCUAAUGAGAAACUUGGCAUCUCUGGCCAGGAGAGUGGUGAGGUGUGCACAUGCUAUGUCAAUCGGGCCUCAGUCAAGCAGUUUGGAGGAGAAGUAGGUGAAGGUGGUGGAGAUUCCAUGGAAGGAUUGAAUGGUCUGAGGGACGGAGGUCGUGAGGGUAGAGAAGGCACCUCGGCUUUGCCACGGGCAAAGCAGCAGCCUCCUACUACUCUUCCUCAGGGCCUUCUGGGCCAGGCAUGCCCAGGCUUUGAGGAAGCUGUGGAGGGAGUGCGCUUCAUUGCCAACCACAUGAAGUGUGAAGAUGAUGAUCGCAGCGUGAGUGAGGACUGGAAAUAUGUUGCCAUGGUGAUUGAUCGCCUCUUUCUCUGGAUCUUCGUCUUUGUGUGUGUCUUUGGCACAGUGGGGAUGUUCCUGCAGCCUCUCUUUCAGAACUCGUCCAAGACUGUCAUUAACACGCCUGGCUGACCAAUCAGAGACCCCCACAUCACAGGAUGGAGAGAGGAGGGAGGAGUGACAGCUCACGCUGAGGGGAACUGAGAUGGGUUUGUGUUUGACUCUAGACUGCUCUUCAGCCAUAAUCCUCUAGGUUUAUAUGGAGACCUUUUUUUGGAAUAUCUAAACACACUCAAUAACCACACAGCAAUUUUUUAAAUGCGAAGCACCUCUCAUCCAACACCCUUCCUCCUCUCUUUUGAGUGACAAAAUAAGCACGCCAAUCAGGGAGAGAGCACACUUCACUCUGCCAGCCAACCAGUGUUAUUCUCUGCAAGCAGCCUGCUAGAUUGAGCCAUCUUCACCCACGAGCUCCACCGUGUGACAGCUAGCGAGCAUACAGCUUCCUCAAGAGACUAGUGACUGCUAAUUACUGUAGGAGAGAUGGGUUUAAGUGAAAAUUCAAUUCCACCUAUUCUGAAAAAUUUCCAGUAUGAUUAAUUUUUCCUAGUCUAUGGCCUACAUGCUAUAGCGCAUUGCACAUACAAUACCAAUGUCAUCGUUUCUGUGUGAGAACACAAUUGAAUGCUCAUUUUAGGCUUUGAGGUAAUACUGUAUUAUUCUAUUAACAUAAACAGAAUGUGUUUUAAAGUAUAACAUUCAUGACAAUACACAGUGAUACACAGUGGGGAGAAAUGGAUAGCAAUGAAUGACAAGCUGUGUAUAUUCUAGAUAUAAAAUUGUGAUGAAAAUGGAGGUAAAGGAAAAAUAGAGGCAGACUGAAUAGAUAAAGAGGUUAGAUUUAAAAAAAUUAUCAGAUCCUUUAUAGCUGUGAUAUGCAUAUUGGAUUUAAGUUCCUCUUUUCCUUUCCUUCUCUCCUCUACUCUCACCUUUCCUUUUACAUGUUUUGACUCCUUGUGCAGCUGUAAUGUGUAUUGUCAUUUGCUAUGAAUGAAUGGUGGAGCACACACAGUGUAUUAUUAAUGUUUUGGGACUCUCUCAUUUGUGGUGGUGGGUAACAAUACACUCCUGCACUAUGUUUGUACCAUAACCCCGUCUGCACCACUGCCAUCCUCUCCAUUCAACUGUAUCUAUCUCAUUGCUUUAAUCUUCUCCCUUUAUUUGAUCCCCUGCCUUCAAAGUUACAUUAGAGAGAUAUCCUAGUAUCAUUAUACUCUGUAUCAUAAACACUAUUUAUAUGAAUUUUAAUAAUUCACUUGCCUGUGAAGUACGAUUACUGUAGGGUUCGCUCAUUGCAAGUGUCUUGAUCAGAGCGGUUUUUCACAGUAAUAACCUGUUACUAUUUUUCAGCAUUUUCUAAACCUGAUCUUUCCUAAAGCUUAUUAUCGAAGAUUGAAAACAUUGAAAAUACAUAGCUGACAGUAUUUUCAGAACAAGUCCACUUUUGUGUUCCUGUGUCCCUCUUAGGUGAUUCAUCACUGUCCUCAGAGUCUCCUGCUUAUAUAUUUCUGCAUCAUCGCCUUAGGGAUAGAAGGUCAUGUUUCCAAUCUUCUAAAGUAACCUUAACCUUCCUUCAAAUGACUAAAGGAAAAAGGAAUUGUAUCAUAUUUCUAUUUUAUCUACAUUAGCAUCAAAUACUUGCCAAGAGAUGUGUUAUGCUGGCAAAUAAAGAUGCAGCUCUAUGCAGCCCCCCCCCAACCCCCCACCCCCCAUCCUGCGCACACACACACACACACACACACACACACACACACACACACACACACACAAACACACUCAAACACACACACUCCCUCACCGGACUCACACCUUUAUUCCUCUGCCUGACCCCUCACUUUAUCAUAAUCUGUUCAAUAAAGUCUGGAGGUUCAUUACUUUAUGUGUGUAUCUGAUUUAAGCGUGUCUACUUAAAAGGUUUAUAAAUUUCUUCUUGGAAUUUAGUGAGUACAGUGUUUUCUUAAGACCUUUUGAUUCCUGCAUAAGAAGAAGUUGCACUAGUAGAAGGGAAACAGCUAUUCAGUCCAGUGUGCUGAAUUUCAGUAGCGUAACUCCAGUAUGUACUGUACCAUAACUGGUGCCACUUUGAGUAUAUUCUAACCACACUGACUAAUGCCAAGCUAAUUCUACUUAACUCAGAUUCACAGUAAAAUUUAGUAGAUCCAUAACUUAAAAUACAGGAACUUUGUUUGCAUGGUCAUGUCUCUAAACCAGUUCAAGUGUCAUUUUUUUUUUUUUUUUUUUAAUAUACUGGGAAAAUAUAUGUUUUCUUUCUGUGACAUCCUGUGUAUUAUACAAAAAAACUUGCCUGAUUUUGCAAUAAUUACAACAUAUUCAGUUAUUAUAUAUAUGAAAAUGUAUAAAAGUUAUUCGGUUUGGGCUGUAUUAGGAAUUAAGAAUUCGCUACUUACGUCAGCAAAUACUUAAGUUCAAAAGAUAUUUCAAUAUGUAUGCAUAUUCAGAAUCAGUGUUCACAGGUGCUAAAGUUUUCUGAGCAGCCCAUUCAGGUUAGUAAAAUUACCAAAUUCAUGCCUCCAAGGCUGCCAAAUUUUCUUGUGUGGGAGCAUCCGAGAUGGGUUUUUCAUUAGAAUCCUGACCACCACCUUUAAAAACAAGCACUUACCAGUAACCCUGAAAAAAUUGGGGGAUAAAAAAUGAUAGAGAAACUUACAGAGACAUCUUUAAAAAAAAAAAAGAGGAGGGAACUAAUGGUAAGAAAAUGGUAAGCAUUAAAAUAAACAUAUAAUACGAGUCUACUGCUUCAUUCAGUACAUCUUAUUCUUUUACAGGAUGAACUGGAAGUACAGCAGCAGAAAUCAUAAAGCUUAAACAGGGGUGAAAAACAGUGUGCAUCUACUGUUGAGAGCUAAAGCCAGUGACUGGACAGGACAUGAAAAAUAGACACUAAUGCCUGGUUGUAGGCCCUUUUAAUUUACUAUUUGGAUUUAUUGAAUUAAUAAAAUAAUGGCAGUGAUUUUGUUAGAUUAAUGUGCUCUCCUGUAAAAUAAAUGUGCCCAUGAUUUGAGCAAGAAGUUGAGCAAGCCUUCAUUUAUGACACUUACAGCUCACUUUACGUAAGUAUAGUUCAUAAUUUUAUCCAUUUAAAAUUCAGUUCUUAUGCUAAGCGACUAUGAUGCAUCUCCAAUGUCCUUUCCUUGGAUUUUACAUGGAAGAUAUUUAAUUAAUUAAUCGUUUCAUGGUUACAUCUGAGGUAUGAAUACCAAUGUGCAAAAUUUCUCUAUUAACCGGUGGUAGAAAGAGUACAAACCACACUGACUUGAGAAAAAGAACUGCUACUGUAAUAAUUCACUUGAGUGGUGAUCAAGAAAACUACUUAAGUAAGAAUAAAUCAUCUGGUUAACAAAAAACUACUUGAGUAACUAAUUUAUAACUUAUUUUAUAACUUAU